GGCAGGUCAGUGAGAAACAUGGCCGCGUCCAUAUCGGAGCAGCUCGCGGAUUUGUUGAAUCCUCUGCCGAAUUUCGCGGAUCCUGAGGACGACCAGGAUGACGAAACCAAAGCCAGAGUCAUAGACAAGUUUGAUGAAGGGGAUGAUGAUGAUGAUGAAGGUCUUGCAUCCAGUGGACUGCGGAAGCGAACGGCUGCUUUGCUGGCAGAAUCGGACAAACGCUAUCGGGGCAAAGUGACAUCGCGCAAGGAGCUGCAGCAGGAGUUGGAUGGAUCUGCUGAUGAUGAUGAAGAGGAGGAUGACCAAGAUGAUGAAGACAUGGAUGAUGAGGAGGAAGAGGAGGAUGAAAAUGAGGAAGACAACCUGAGCGAUGAUGAUGAUGGUUCACAGUUAUCCAGUCUGGUGUCAAAGAUGAAAGGCGCUGACCUGAGCUUCCCCAAAGAGACAGACUUUCGCAAACUCACCGAGGGCAUGGACGACCUGGGAGAGAGCGAGGAGGACGAUGAAGGAGAAAGUGACGAAGGUUCGGAAGAGGAAGAUGAUGAUGAUGAUGAGGAGGAAGAUGAUGAUGCCGAUGAUGGUGCCUCGGGAGGUGUGAUGACUUUCUCGAAGGAAAAGGUGGAUGAAGAGGUGCAGAAAGGAAAAGCGGUGAAGAAUCAGCUGGCUCUUUGGGACCUGAUGUUGGAAGGACGAAUUAAAAUGCAGAAAGCGCUUGUGACGGCUAAUCAGCUUCCUCAGCCUGACACUUUCCCAGAGUUCAGGAGCAAAGGCGGGGCCGAGUACGCUACCGCGCUGAAGAACGGCCACAAAGCUCUAAAGGCUCUACAGAGGUCUUUAUUAGAGCUACAGGACCUGCUUUUGUACCAGAACCCAGAAACCAGAGCCAUCUCACAGGGGAAGACAAGGGGACAUGACAUCAGCAAAUCGGAGGAAGACGAAGAGAUUGAUAGUGAUGAAGGUGCAGUCGAGGAGGAUGAUGAUGAGACAAAAAAGCGGCCUGUAAGCCGAAGCGGACCCUCCAAGCGGAAGUUGGAGAUGACACAGUAUCCAGAGUUCAUGGCAAAGCGCUUUGCAGCCUUCCAGCCGUAUCGUGACGCCACGCUCCAGAAGUGGUACGACAAGACACGGCUCACUACGGGCAAGAGCAACAAGGGCUUCGGUGCGUUUGAGCGGAACAUCCUGACACAGGUGGAGCAGGUGCUGAUGGAUAAGGAACGCUUGCUUAAGCGCACGCAGACACGCAGGUCUGACUACAGGGUGCUGGGCAAACCCGAGCUCGGCCCCGUGACGGCACAGUCCAGCAGCACACAGCCGGAGGCUGUGGAACCAACGCUCAAAGUUAACGCACAUCUCAAAGAUCUGGACGAGGAGAUCUUCGAUGAUGAUGAUUUUUAUCACCAGCUUCUUCGAGAGCUGAUUGAACGCAAAACGACUGCAGCUGAUCCUAAUGACCAAGUCGCCAUGGGCAGGCAGUGGCUGGCCAUCCAGAAGCUCCGCAGUAAGAUAAAGAAGAAAGUGGACACGAAGGCGAGUAAAGGCAGGAAAGUCAGGUUCCAUAUCCACAGUAAGCUGAUGAAUUUCAUGGCUCCUAUUGACCACAGCUCCAUGAGUGAUGAAGCUCGGUCCGAGCUGUACCGGUCUCUGUUUGGAUCGCCGAUGCUUCAGUGAUUCUGCUGAUGGAGAUGGAACACACGGAGGAACACCUACACGUCCAUCAUUCUGACUGCACGUGCAAAAAGACAUUGCAGUGAGCUGGACUUGUGCAAAGCAGCUGAAGUUUGGGAAUUGCUUUUAAAAAAAAAACAAAAACUUUUUUUUGGAACAUUUUGAAAACCAGACUUUAUUUUUAAUCAGCCGAGUCUGUUUGUAAUAAAAAGUGACCUUUUUCCCAC